CUGGUGCUGCAUGGUCUCCACUUGACACACAUAUGGGCACGUAAGGCAUCACUCAGGCCUCUCUGCUAUCAGAGCCGGCACAAAAAUGACGAAGUCCGCCCGAGGCAAGGCCGGCAAGGCCAAGGUGGGCGGCGUCGAGGACAACCGGAAGCCCAAGCACAGCCUCGAUGCCAACCGCCCGAGCAGCGGCAAGGGCGGCAUGCGCGACGCUGCGACGGUUCGCCGUCUCAAGAUGUACAAGCAGCGCCCGGUUAGGGACAAGAAGGGCAAGCUGCUCUACCAGGAGCUUCAAGGCAAGGAGCUGCCGACCACGCGCAUUCAGCCCGACCGUCGCUGGUUCGGCAACACGCGCGUCAUCGGGCAGAAGCAGCUGGAGCAGUUCCGCACCGAGAUGUCCUCCAAGGUCAACGACGCCUACGCUGUGCUGCUGCGCGAGAAGAAGCUGCCCCUGCAGCUGUUGGAGGACCCGGAGAAGAAGCUUGGCGGCAAGCAGGCACGCUCCAGCUUGGUCGCCACGCAGCCCUUCGCGGACACCUUCGGCCCCAAGAAGCAGCGCAAGCGGCCCAAGCUGGCGGUGGAGAACCUGGAGGACCUCGCGCAGACCGCCGGCGACAAGAGCACCAAGUUUAUGGAGGCCGCUGGCCUGGGCGACGGCACUGAGAUGCUGCUGCUGAAGGACACGAUGCUGGAGCGAGCGUACGAGAAGGGCCAGAGCAAGCGCAUCUGGGGCGAGCUGUACAAGGUGCUGGACAGCUCGGACGUGAUCGUGCAGGUGUUGGAUGCGCGAGACCCCAACGGCACGCGCUGCAACUUCCUCGAGCAGCACAUCCGCAAGCACCUGCGGCACAAGCACAUCAUCCUGCUGCUCAACAAGUGCGACCUGGUGCCGUCGUGGGUGACGAAGCGCUGGCUGCACUACCUCUCGCGCGACUUCCCCGUGCUCGCCUUCCACGCCUCCAUCACCAACCCCUUCGGCAAGGGCGCCCUGCUUUCGCUGCUGCGCCAGCUGGCGCGCCUGCGCUCGGAUAAGCAGGCCAUCUCAGUCGGCUUCGUGGGCUACCCCAACGUGGGCAAGUCGUCGGUCAUCAACACGUUGCGCACCAAGAAGGUGUGCAAGGCUGCGCCCAUCCCCGGCGAGACCAAGGUGUGGCAGUACAUCACGCUCAUGAAGCGGAUCUUCUGCAUCGACUGCCCGGGCGUGGUGUACAACCGCACCAACGACACACCCACGGACCUGGUCCUCAAGGGCGUGGUCCGCGUGGAGAACCUGGAGGACGCCACGCACCACGUCGACCCCGUGCUCAAGCGCGUCAAGCCCGAGUACCUGCGGCGCGCCUACAAGAUCAAGGAGUGGUCAGACACGGAGGACUUCCUGGCGCAGCUGGCGCGCCUCACCGGCAAGCUGCUCAAGGGUGGCGAGCCCGACCUCAACACCGCCGCCCGCAUGAUCCUCUACGACUGGCAGCGCGGCAAGGUGCCCUUCUUCACGCUGCCGCCCGACCACACCGAGGCGCGGCCGGAGGCCGCGGCGGCGGCUGCGCAGCAGCCGGAGGCGGCCGCGGCGGCGGCGGCCAUCGAGACGGGCCCCGGCGGCCUGCCGGUGCCGCGGGAGUUGGUGACGGAGGAGGACGCGGCGGCAGAGGCGGGCGCCAAGCCCGAGGCGGCCGCGGCGGCCGCGCGCGCUGUUCGCGAGUUGCUGGUGAGCGCCACGGCGGCGCAGGCGCGGUCGGCCAUCCCGGUGCAGAACGACUACUUCAUGCCGGAGGACGAGCAGCGCGAGGGCGAGCCCGCCAACGACGGCGAGGUGCUGGAGGACCCCGACGUCAUCUCGGAUGACGACGAUGACGACGACGGUGAUGAGGUUGAGGACGGUGAUGAUGAUGCGGAGGACGGCCCGGUGGUGUCUGAUGACGAGGCCGAGGAGGAGCCGGACGCAGCCAAGGUGGCUAAGGACGCGCGGCGCGGCGGCGCGCGAGCCAUCGCCAAGGCCGCCGGCAAGGCGGCGGCGGCUGAGGCCAAGGCUGCGAAGAAGGGCGACAAGGUCAAGGGCGGUAAGGCGGCUGCGGCGGACGCUCCCGCCGCCGGUGGCAAGCGCAAGCGCGGUGCCGCUGCGGCACCGGACGAGGCCGAGGCGGCUGAGGACGACGGCAACGAUAGCGACGGCUACGGCGAUGGAGGCUUGUCGUGGGAGGCUGUGCUGGCCUGCGUGCAGGGCGGUGACGACGCUGCGGACGAGGACGAGAAGCCGGCAGCCAAGAGCGGAGCCAAGGGUGGCGCAAAGGCCGCCGCGAAGAGCAGUGCCAAGGGCGGCAAGAGCAAGGGCGCGGCUGCCAAGCCCGGUGGCAAGCAGGCUGUCGCGGCUGGGCCCGUCACGAGAGCCCGGGUCGGCAAGAGCGGCCUCGUGGUCGUGCCCACUGCCGCGCCCACCAAGGGCAAGGCCAAGGCGAAGGCGGCCAAGCUCAAACUCACAACCAUGGAGUGAGCGAGCUGGCGGCCCGCGCCCUCGGGCCCCGCCUGCUCUUUAGCUGUAGCGGCUGUUAGGCCGCGCGCGCUCCGUCGGUGGCGGCUGUGCCGGCAGUGAUUGGCGCCGGCACUUGUCCCGACAGAUGUGCCGGCCUUGCAGCUGCCGCUUAGCCCCCUUGGCAGCUUGCACCGCUAUUUAUUGGCUUUUGUUUUUGGUGGCUGCCGUGUAUUUCAUCCUCGUGUACGUUCAGUGUGGGGAAUGCGUUUUUUGCCUUGGGUGUCGUGUUGGUUAGGGCAGGUGUUCGACAAUGUUAUCUUCAGAAAUGGUGUGGACGUGUGGUGCUGUGCAGCGAUGACGUCAACAGACAGGUGACUAGUGCCCGUGAAGCUGUGCAGAUGGUGCAGACAUAUGCCGAGUGAUAGAGAAUUGAGUGGACGCGAGUUCAGUUAUGGUGAGAGAUGAGUGAGUUACAGACCAAUCACCGCCCGGACGUGCACCUACAGACCAUUUAAAUGCAAGGAUAGUUGACUGGUGCAUACCUGAGUGCGUUCUUAAGACUGCAUUCGCAAUUAAUUCUUUUCAAUGUAUUGAGGACAAGCUGGCCAUGGAACGUUGUUUCAGCACAUGUCAUGCAGUAAGACGAUGUGCAGCCGGACAGGGUAACACAUGGAUGUGAUUCAACAGGGCCCUGCUUACGGGCACGCCGGCGGGACACUUAUUGUAAGCGUGACAUCCU